UCCUCCUCCUCCUCCGCCUGCCGACACCGACACCCGGGAAGGAGCCGAAGAAGUCGAGGCGCGGGGGACCGUCCGGCCCGGGGGAAGCCGACAUUGAGUUUUCUUUGAAGAGAAAAGAAAAAAAAACCAUGAGCAAUGAAUCGAUGCUGCCGUACUACACAGCGGCUAGCGGCCGGGCUACAGGCAUGUUCAACACCUCCAUGGGAGAGCUGCAGCGACAACUGUACCAAGGAGAAUACGAUCCCUUCAAAUACGCCCCCAUGUUCGAAAGUGCCUUUAUUCAGAUCAGCAAGAGGGGGGAAGUAAUUGACGUGCACAACCGUGUUCGCAUGGUGACGGUGGGCAUCGCCUCCACCAGUCCCGUUCUUCCUUUGCCGAAUGUCAUGCUCCUGGCCCGGCCCAUCGUAACCUCAGAUGAUCAGCACCCCCCUAGCCGCUUCAAGCAUCGCAAGUCUGCAAAGACCCUGGAGCUCACCAGACUGCUUCCAUUAAAGUUUGUGAAGAUCUCCAUCCAUGACAGUGAUAAGCAGCAACUCCGUCUGAAGCUUGCCAGCGGUCGGUCCUUCUACCUGCAGCUGUGCCCCCCUUCUGAUGCCCGGGAAGACCUCUUUGCCUACUGGGUGAAGCUUAUUUACCUCUUGAGACCUCCCCUGGAGGUGUAUAGCAGCACCCAGGGCGGCCCAGUCGGAGAUACUAUUGAAGUGCCCAUGCUUACCACGGAGGAAAAGAGGAAUGAGGAGAUUAUAGAGCCCUUGUUCGAUUCGCAGGAUGAUUUAAGCUAUGGACCAGGGAAUGAGGAUAGGGUGAGCCUCAGGAGCCUCCACAUGUUCCCAGAGGCCACCCGCAGGGAAGAGGUGCAUGAACUAGAUGUAGUAAGCUCAGAUGCUCCCAGCAUGGCUGGAGAGGAAGGUUCCCUGCAUCAGCCGUUCGAAGAGCCAAGCCAGAAGCGUCCUACCACACUACAAAAGAGCCCUACCCUGAGCAGCCCGAAGGCGGGAAAAGCUGGGAAGCCGAGGCAGGAAACGUGGGCCGAGCCAUCCUCAAGUCUGCUGGGUAGUCCAGGGAGGGGUAUGGGUGAAACACUGCGAUAUGAGAAGUCCUCUGAGCUCCAGCGGAGUGAUGUGUAUAGCCUGGAGGAGGAUGGAGCAAUCAAGAGUCCUUCAUCCUUGAAGAGCCAAGGGUCUGCGAGAGAGAGGGAGAGACCCAUAGUGUCAUCUUUGAAGAGUGACGGCUACAUGAGUGAAAGGGAUGGAAGCCAGAAACGCUCCCCCCAUCUUAGCCAGAGGUUCAGAAGCGACGAACAAUCCGCUGUCUACAGCCAGGGCCCCAAGGGUCAGAAGGAAGCCAGUCAAAAAUCCUCCAGGACGAGUGAGGGGAAAUUAAGCCAGAAGUCUUCCUCUCGUUCGAAACGGAGCCAGAGCCGAGAGGCCAGCCGCAACACCUCUUCCCACAAGGGCAGCAGCCGUAGCCCCUCGGCCCACAAGGGUAGCAGCCGUAGCCCCUCGGCCCGCAAGAGCAGCAGCCACAGUCCCUCGGCCCACAAGAGCAGCAGCCACAGUCCCUCGGCCCACAAGAGCACGAGCCGCGAUCCCUCCUCCAAGGAGUCUAAGAGCUCUCACAAAUCAGGGAAGAGCAAAUCGACAAAAAGUUCAGAUCACCUCAGUAAGAAGCCCAGCAAGAUCGGAUCCUUCAUUCGAUCCUUCUCCAAAAGCAGUCAGCCUUCGAGGAAGGAGAGCCAGCUGUCUAGCCGUGAAAGCAGAAAUCUGAAAAAGGAGAAAUCCAGAAGCCAGAACUAGGACACCAAGACCGAGGAUGUGGGGAGAUUCCAACUGGAGCGGGCACCAGCUAACCUUAGGACCCCGACCGAUGGAAAAUUACAAGAGCUCGGAGUAAAACGUGGGAACUUGGGGAAAAUCACAAGAUUUCCAAGCUGAAGAAUAAAAAUGUGGGAUCACGGGGAAACUUUUAAAGAUCUUAAAGUUUAAAAAUAAAAUACUGGACGCUGUUUAAACCACUUCGCUGUUAGUCGGACCU